CACAGUGGACUUUAUUUAAGACUUUGAAGGAGACUUUGAAGAAGACUUCGCCAACUCUCAGUCAACUCUCAGUCAGCGUCGCUGUGUGGUGUCCGUUUCCGGACAGGCAGGCUCGCGCACUCGUGGUUAAUGGAACCUCUGCCUCUGUGAUGGAGCAUCAAACCAUUCUCAAAAGUAUACUGGAGGAAAAAUAUGAUAUACUAUAUGAAGAAGCCAUACUGCCUUCAAGACUUUGCUAUCGGAAUCUUAAGCACGACUACCAAUUUUCGGAUUUGGACCAGCAAGAGUUUAGAUAUGUUGAAUAUUCCUGCCUUCACCCCUUCACAACCGUCCCGCUCACUGAUAUUUUAUCAUGUGACUGCACACAUGAAAGCAGCAAAAAGACCAUCAUCACUCUUGGAGUGUGUGGAGUUGGAAAAUCCACAACUGUGCGAAGCUGUGCUCUGGAAUGGGCUGAGGGGACAGAGUACCAGGAUAUCCACCUCAUGUUCCCUUUCACAUUCUGGGAGUUAGGUAUGUUCAGAUCAAAGUGUUCGUUGAUCUUUCUUCUAGAGAUGCUUUUCCCAGGACUGAAGAAUAUUGACGCUUCCAGUCUAAAUCGAAAGGAUGUGUGGUUCGUCUUUGAUGGACUGGAUGAAUAUUGUCACCAGCUAAAAUUUGACGCUCCACCAGUGAGGGAUGUUUCUGAAGAAGCCACUCUGGAUGUACUCAUAACCAGCUUGAUCAGGGGGACUUUACUUCCCAAUGCUCACAUCUGGAUAACAACCGGGUAUGCAGCUGCAGGACAAAUCCCUGGUGAAUACCUGCUGAAAGAGACUCAAGUACAAGGGUUCAGUGAUGUGCAGAAGAUGGAGAAGAUCUACUCAACUCUCAAUGAUGAGGAUCUGGCUAACAGAGCAAUCGACCAUGUGAAAAUCUCAUGGAGUCUGGCCUCCCUUUGUCUGAUACCUCGAAUAUGCGUCAUCAUGGCACUGGUUUUGGAGAGUUAUUUAAGUAACGAAAAGAACCAAUUUAAAAUCAGUCCUUUAAAUCUGACCCAGAUUUACACAAUUCUAAUGAAAACAUUUGAUUGUGAUACUAUUCCCAAGCUGCAAAGGAUGGCACGGCUUCGAUUGACAGAGAACAACGUUAUACAUGAGGAAGAUUUUUUAAAUUGUGACAUAAGUGUAAAGGAAGCGUCAACUUUUGCCAAGAAAUGUCCACUUCUGUUGAUGGAAGAGAAAGGGUUGUUUACCUCAGUGUUUCGCUUCGGUCACUCAAGCAUUCGGGACUUCCUCGCCGCAUGUGCUAAAGUGGACGAAAUUCAGGCAUCACUUUUCCCGUCUACUCAUUGUCAAGCAUUACUGGACGAGGCAUUGCGAAGUGAUGCAGGGAAAAUGGAUGUGUACCUACGUUUCAUAUUUGGCCUUCUUAAAGAGCGUUGCAUGUUUCAGCCCAAUAAUCAGCUGUUUAAAUACACCAAGAAGACGAUCCUUGAGAAAGUUAUGACUUUCAGGGCAGUGGGUCUGCUCCACUGUCUGAGGGAAUAUGACCGCAAAGCUUUCGUACAUGAGAUCAAGCUCUUCCUAAAGUAUGGCUUCUCACCAAUUGAGGGUUUCGCACCAUUGCAUUGGCAUCUCUUGAUCCAAAGGACCAUAGCUUAUGAUUGGAAGAGGCCGAAAUUUGUGAUGGAUGUGUCCAUGAGAAGUGACGAAAGUCUCGUCCGAGAGCUACCAGCCAUCAUGAAAUCAACCAAAGUCAUGCUGCGAUUCUCUAACCUGACGGACAUGUGUUGUCCAGCUUUGGCAGCUGUCCUGAGCUCAACAGAGUCAUUUAUGAAAGAGCUGGACCUAGGAUACAACAACAUCAGUGACAGUGGAGUGAAGACACUCGUGGAGGGGCUGAACAAUGAAAACUGCAGACUGAGAACGCUCAGUUUGCAAGGCUGUGAAGUGACCUCCAAAGGCAGUAAAUGCCUUGCCACGGCCCUGAGGCAGUCCCAGAGACUACGGCAGCUGGAUCUCAGCAGGAAUAACAUAGGAAACGAUGGACUACAGCACCUUUCAAAGGGUUUGAGAUCUCCUGAAUGCCAGCUAGAAGCACUAAAACUAUCACAGUGCAACAUUGAGGUGAGGGGCUGCUCCUAUCUGGCCUCAGCUCUGGAGAAGAACUCUGACAGCCUGAGUGUGUUAGAUCUUAGCAUCAAUAUGGUCAGGGACAAGGGGGCCAGUGAGAUCUUUAAAAAGUUAGAUAUUUCAAAGCUGACAAAGCUGGAGAUGUACCACUGUGGACUCACCGCGUCAAGCUGCAGAGCCAUUGGUGAAGCUCUGAGGCGUGAAGAAAACACCCUGAUGGAUCUCAACCUGAGCAACAACAACUUGGGAGAUGAAGGGUUAACGCUCCUCUCCAUUGGCAAAAGUAAAUGGUGUCAUCUCGAAAAACUCAACCUCUCAAGAUGUGGAAUCACUGCAGGCAGUUGUAGCUUUUUGCCCUCUAUGAUAUUAGACCUCAAUCUCAGCUCGAACAGCUUGGGAGAUGACGGAAUCAAAUCUUUUUUGGCUGUACUGAAGAAUUCUUCCGGCUACCUGCAAACUCUCAACCUGAGCCGCUGCAGCCUCACUCGUGGCUGCUGCGCUGAGCUUGCAUCCACACUUGGAUCAAAGACUGGCAGCGUGACAGAGCUGGAUCUGUCUGAGAAUGACCUGGAGGACAAGGGACUAAGGAGACUCUGCGUGGGACUCAGAAACCCUCAGUGUAAACUUCAGAAGCUGUCACUGCAGACCUGUGGCCUGACCUCGAAGAGCAUUAAGUCCCUGAUCAGUGCCCUGAGGUCCAAUCCCAAAUAUCUGGCAGAGCUGCAUCUGAUGGGCAACAGGCUGGAGGACUCAGCCGUCAGAGCGCUCCUGGACCUCACAAAGAACCAAACAUACAGACUGGAUACAACAGAUUUGUCAGAAGCUUGAGGAAAGCAGAUGUGCGAACUCUAAAUCACAAUCAGCUGCCACCAUGAUCUAGAAUCAUCCACUAAUUGUUACCUUAACAAGUGUUUUCUGUGCUGGACAUGACCAGGCUGCAUUUUGCAGCACUUCAAAACGGAAUAAUACAGACAGAGGGAAAUGAACGUAUGAAUAGCUGAUGUUGUCAUUAAUCUGCUUGUGCCUGUCUGUAUUAAUAUUAUUGUUUUUUAUAAUGCAGAUCUACAAUGAAUAUGUUUUCUCAGUCACCAAAUAAAUUGUUUUAGUUCA